UUACUUCUCUGACCUCUGGCAUUUUCUGUUGCUUUCCACAAAUACCACAAACUUAUAUCCAAAUUUCAAGAUUUUCUUCUUCUGUGUUUUGGAACUUUGGGAAAUCCUAGAAUAGGAAGCAAAAAAAAUCAGCCGAACUGGUCUGCCAUGAAAGUUACCUCGGAAAGACUUGGAUUUGCGACCGUACAAUUCACUGUUUAGAUCGAAAAGCAUUGCCAGUAGACACUCCCUUCAUUCCCAUUCAGAGAAAGUCACCAACAUAGAAAGAGAGAUGUUUGAAUUGAGAGAAGGGUCUUGCCUUCCACGGGUCUUGGUUUGCUUAAAUGUGUUUGUUGCUCUAGUGGAUGCCAUUAUUGCUGUUCUUGCAUUUUAUCAGCUAAUGAGGAUUCAUUCAAGGAAUUCACAAGUUGUCUGGACUCGCCAAAAAGUGUGUCACCUAAUGAUUGGGUCAUCUAGCAUGGGUAACUUCAUUUAUUUUGUAUUAGCUCUUGUUGCUGCUUGUAAGGAUUGGCCAUGUUGGUCUAACUCUUGUGGUUUUAUCCUCAUGGCUUUGCCAAGAAUCCUGUUUUUUGCUGUGUUUCUUCUUCUUUUAUCAUUCUGGGUUGACCUUUGCCAUCAGGCAAAUGAUGAGGACGAGGAAUAUGAAGAAAGUAGUUCUCAGGAGGCUUUAUUGGAUAAGAACUUAAACAAAUCAAGCCCAUCACGAAUGGAUGGUCAUAGAAAGUGUUUUCCCCUUCGCUGUCUCCAUGUUGGAAGCCACCAAAAGAUUGUGAUAGCGGUUAUUGUGCUAGUUUUUGGUGUAAUGAUGGCUUGUGCUCUGAUAAUCUGGAUGGGGAUGGGAAAAAAUCCUAUCAACUCUGCAGUUGUGGCUCGGGUGUAUGUAGACUUCUUCGCCAUUGCAAUACUUAUAUUAGGAGGGGCAUUGGCAUAUUAUGGACUUGUAUUAUGCUUAAAAAUGAGCAAAGUAAGAUCUGAGCAAGCUUCAUCUGAAAAGUGGAAGUUUGCAGGUUUAGCUGUUGUCUCUGUGCUCUGUUUCACCUCAAGUUCUUUUGUAGCUCUUUUGACUGAUAUUCCGAUGUUAUAUCACUGGCCUCAACAUCGCUCAAAUGUCGUUUGUGCAUCUCUUUUACUGCUUGUGUAUUAUUUUAUCGGUUCAUCAAUGCCCUCAGCCUUUAUAUUAUGGACCAUGAGAGAACUACCCACAUCAGUCUCAGCUAAACCACGAGAAGCAAGUACGAUAGCUUUCGUCGCUGAUAGUUCAGCUGUAGUGCAAAAUCCUCAGCGCUGGACAGCUGCAACGCAUAAUCAGACAUCAAGAGGGAGUCCUAUAUAGUUGUCUUUCUGAAUGCAAAUAAUGACUGAUCUUCUCCGGCCAGCUUUGGGAAGAAGGCUGGAAUUUCUGAAUGGAAACUGGUUUCACAUUAAGAUGGGAUUAACAUAGACUGCGGCGUUACGUAUUGGCAAUUGGAGGACAAUCCAAAGGUGGCUGCUUGCCAGUUUACCACGCUUUUGACAUUCUUGGCAUGUAUAUGAUGUUGACAGAAUGCUAAGUGAGGGAUGAUUCUCUUUCUCCAGUUGUAAAAAAUUUUGAAAGGCUGAUUAUGGGCAGUAAUUGCCUCUGCUUUUUUUCCCCUUAUAUUAUGUAAAAUAGCUCUUGAUUUUACAAGC